AUGAACUCAUACGUGAAGCGCUACGUCGGGACCGACCCGAGAGUGACGCAGCUCGUCGGCUUCAAGCGGGCCAGCGAACGGCGCCUCGUCGUCGUCUGCGCACUCGCCGCUCUGGGCAUCUACUUGGCGGUGUACUUGUACGAGGAGAAGGAGCGCAAUCGCCGCCACGCGUCCAUCAAGAAGGACAUCGAGCGAGAACGGUGGCGAGCGCGAGAGCUCGGCUUGGCGGCGCCGAUCGACGACGGAUUCGCUGAGCGUUACGAGGCGUCCGACGGCAAAACUCGUGCCCGGCAUCAGCAAGGGUUGGAAGGCAACGAAUGA